GGCUGGGCUGCUUCUCCUAGGAAACCGCAGCUAUUCGUCACGCAAGUCGACAUCACCAAGCUGAGCCAUUGCCAAUCCUUGCAACAACAAACACCGCGACCCAACCAUCGUCCCUCCGCCUCGUGUGCCGCGUCAAUACACUCGAAGCUCGCAUCAUCACCGCCAUCGUCAUCUCCAGCUUUGUCCACCCCUUCACGGUCAAGCAUCAUCAUCAUCCCCCCCUCUCUCAAAGCGCAUCUCCAAUCCCAGCGCUAGGCUGAGAGCUCGCCGCAUCAUCACCCUCCCACCAUGGCAUCAACCACCACAGAGCCCAAGGUCGCCGAGCCUGAACAGUCCACCUCAAACGAGCAGCAGAAGCCCGAACAGAAGCACCUUGCCCUAGGCGAGGACGACGAAUUCGAAGACUUUCCCAUCGACGACUGGCCCGCCGACCAAACCGAAGCCGCCCAGCGCAACGGCGAAACCAAGCACCUGUGGGAGGAGAGCUGGGACGACGACGACACAAGCGAUGACUUUUCGAAUCAGCUCAAGUGGGUGGUUGGCUCUCUCCUAGUUUCUACCUUGCUUCUCACAGCGCUGUCGCUCGACUUUCGUCCCCGUCGCCGCUUUCGUUGAGCGUUGAUUGCCUUUUCUUUCUCCUUUUUCUCACU